AUCCCUUUUAAGUCUGCGACAUCCUUGGAGCUUUUUAACAUCUGAUUGAUUUGGUCAUAUGGAUGGAGUGUAUUAGUUAGAUUGACUUGAUUUUAAUUCUACGCACGGAAAAUGUAUCUUUGAUUGCUAUUUAAGGGUUGAAACAGAACAGCCCCAGAAUAUUGUACAGUUUUGCUGGGAUGUUAAUGGACACCAAUGAUUUCUUCAGAACUGGGAGAUGAUUGUUUACAACGUAUCCUCUUAUCGGAUUCAUUGCACAUCAAUUUGAUAUAUUAUGUGAGAUAAAUUAUUCGUGGGCUGAACGAUACCUGGAAGGACAGCUAGAAUCAGGAUUACAAAUAUUAAUUCCCACCAAAUAUUAAUUACCACAUGAGAGCCACAUUUUGGUAGCGGUGAAAUAAGUCGCACCGCGUAUCGCAUCAACGCGGAAGAUUUUUUUUCAUUGACGGUGAAAAGGAACCAAUGAUACAUCACUGGAAGAGGAUUUUAUGACUUAUUUAGUUAAACCAUGAAUUUAAAAUGAGUACACCAUGGGAAUGGACAAGAAACAAUGGUCUAGGAUAUGAUUUCAACGAAUCACGUGGACUCGCACCCGGAAAAGAAUGUCCCGGCAUGCGUAGUCCGAUACCAGACCUUGUGGUGGUACCUGAACUUCAGGAACAAAAUUCGUUCCAAGAGGUGAGCCCUGGACUGCUAUGCACCCAAACAUUUUUGUCACCUCGUAGUUCUGGAUCAUCAGCUGCACGUGCAAGUAGUAUUACAUCAUCAAUAUUUGAUUUGUCUUUCGAAAGCGCUCAAUUGGAAAAAGCUCUGGCAGAGAAUGACACAUUUUCUCUUCAGAAGAUAUUUGAAAUCCAUUUUGCCAAAUUUCCACGAAUUACAAAGGAAGAUAGAUCAAGCGUAGGUUCCCGAAGUCGCCGACCAAGUAGCCGUUUCAGCACGGACACCGAAAUCAACAGGCGAUGUCCAACUCCUAUAGACUUUUUUGAUCGCCGAGAGAGCGUGACGCCUGAGUGUGAUAUUCCGCUGAUUUUUAAAACAGCGCUGCAUGUUGCCAUUCAUAACAAUUCAACUGAAGCUGUCAAACUUUUGUUAAGAUGCAAUAUUGAUCCCAAUUUCCCCACCGCUAAUUUGAUCAGUCACAUCAAACCAGGAUGCCACGCUAUCGACGCACUGAAAAUUAAUAUACCAAAGCCUUCUUCUGCACAGAGAGGAAGCUUGAGUCCACAGAUCGAUUAUCACAACACGAGGGCUGAUCACAACAGCAUCAAUAAUGACGAGACCAACAGCGUUUUAGCUCCGCCCGCACCCGUCACCGGCAAUGAUUUUGGCGACUAUUCAGUCGAUGAUCUUUUUCACCUUCCGCCGUUGUUUUUGUCCGUAGUUGAGCAGAAACCUGUAUUAACCCACUUGUUAUUGCUGCACGGGGCAGACCCCACCGUUCAAGACUCGCAUGGAAAUACACCUUUACAUCUUGCAGUUUCUACCACGCACUUUAACUUAAGUAGUGUGAGAGAAUUAUUACAAUACGGUGCAAAAACACAGGAAAGGAAUCUAGAUGGCAAAUCACCUUUUGAUUUUCAUCACAACGUAAGUGUUGAACAACAGACAGUAGUGCGAGCAUUGCUUGCUGGCUUUUCAGUGAAUAGGAUUGCUGACCCCAGCGUUAGUUUGGUACUGGAGGAAAACAGUAAAAGUAAUAAAAGCGACGCAAAUUCCGACACGUUUUCGGUGCGACUUUUACGGAGGUUUUCCAAAUCCGCCAAAUUUCGCCCUAAUGUUGGAUCAACGAAGGAGAUAUUUCAUGAAAUGAGAGAGAGGUUAUCGUCUGCGAGUUCGGGUCGAAGUGCGCGCAGCAAACACCAAUCUGUGAUUGCGGAAGAUCUUGACAGCGAUGUUUCAUUGCAGACGGUACCGGCGGAAUCGCUCUCCAGUCAUGAUCGACACAAGACCAGGAUGAGUCUACGAAGAGAUCGGUCCAAACACCGAAACAGCUGCGUGCCGGAACAAGACAAAUCAAAUCUUGAAGAGGCAGAAAGGACUUUGUAUGCCCUGAAGAAAUUAGCUGCCAAUAAGGAGUGUGUGAUAUCGCUUUUGGAUGGACUAACAAAUUACAUUAGAAUUGUGUUAACACUGACAGACAACUCCGAGUGCCCGUCAGUAGAGAAGGCCAUUAACGAGCUACUUAAUCAAAUCUUGCAGACAUGUUAUGAACAACUGCAGCUGACUGCGGAUCCAGAUGAGAAAUAUGAAUUCUUUAUUCAGCUUUCCAAACUCCUUACCGCUUCCCUGGAACUUCUGCGUGGCGGUCAGUCGCUACACUUCACUGCUCUUAGUAUUGUUAACAGGAUCAUUGACAUGUGUAUUGUUCACAAAAACUAUGAAAUUCCAUCAGCCAUAUCUCACAGUACAAUGCGAGAAUAUCUGGAUCAGGGUAGCUCGGACACUUUACAAAAGAGUCCCAAGCAUGCUGGGAAUAAUGUGUCCAAACAUGAAGAAAGCAGCUGUGGUGCGGGCACCGCAUUUAAACGGCCCUUUGCUAACUUCCAGAAAAGCGGAAAUCAUGAAGUUCACUGUGAUAAAACUGAUGAUGGUGCUGACAUGGGACGAGCGAACCUCUUUCCUCAGAUUAGUUUUUCCCCAUUAGAAAUCUUGACUUCCUAUAACCCUAGUCAGAUUCUUAGCAUUUUGCAUAAUAGUAUCACCAUGCACAAGCGCAUUAUUGGGACGCGACAGAAAUGUACGCCCAGCACGCGACUUCGGACUUGUACUCAUCACUGUUUACAGAUUCUCAGUGCUCGGAUUUUAGUCGUGAUGAGCCACGGAUCGUAUGUUCAGCUUAGGAUUAUAGCAGAUGGACACAUUAAAACACUCGUGGAAGCUUUGGACCCUAAUCACGAUCCACACCUACUGUGUCUUCUGCUGCAAGCCUUGGCUUCCAUCGCCCUGAACCCCCACCACCACCAGGCCCUGAAUGAUGCGGACAUCUCCGACAUGUUGAUGCAGCUCCUGUUGCCAUCCGACGAAUGGUACUACACUAACCACAGUACAAAGUACGCCAAGUACAUCAAGUAUCACGCGGCCCGGAUCCUGGUCUAUAUGGGACUGCUUCACAAACUCGGGGGGCGUGUUGACCUCUUCGACAGAAAGUUAUUUAUGGAUACAGACACCAACUCCCACCUACAAGUUCACUCCCCUGAGGACAGUUUUAUUGAGCUGAUGGCUAUAGGGAGAGUGGUCAUGUGGAACGAGAACCAUCACCUGCAGGCUGCUUCACUGGAGGGGCUAGUGGCAGAACUCAUAGAGGAAGCUGUUGGGGAUGAAUUAGAUUCGUCUCCAUCAACAGUAAACCUGUCUACCUCGGUACAGAGUCUAGCGACACUAGUUAGACAGAGUCAGAAUACUGUGUUAUCCCCCUUUAUUUCCCCAUCUUGUUCCAUGGAGUUUUUGACGGAAAUCGACAAGAAGCCAUUUAGAGAACAGUUGUUGAUGGCCCUGCCUAUGUUGGUUCACCCUGUUAUUAUUUUGAGACUCUUGGCACACAAAUUAUUCGGGAAUAUGAUUCGCCGUAAAUCUUCUCACAAUACGCUGGAGACGAAGUUACGUCCCCCUGAAAAUCCAGUCGAGGAGGUGUGUCCGCCUAGGUGUAAUUCAGAGAGCGUUAAGUAUGAACUGAAGAAAGACAUUGUAAAGAAGAAGAGGGAGAGGGAGAAGGUUAACUUGAAGAUUUCUAUAUCUAAUAAUAAAAAUUCGUCCUCAGAUGAGAUGGAAUCUCCCAACGUAUCUAGUCCGGGGGAGUACGCGAAACACAAUGGUUUCCAGUCCAAAAAUAAACCCACCCAGUUAGCUCUGAAAGCAAUGGGUCAGAGCUUAGCCAAUCCUGCCCAGUCCAGCUCUAGUGGUCAGAUAAACCAGAUAUGUGACUCCAGCAGCAGCAAUGCCGUAAGCAGUCCUGAGUCCUCGGGGGAAAAUAAACACGAGAAAUGUGCCACGAACCAUGCUAACAAAUCACGACUCUUUCAUUGGUCAAGUAAGAAACAUCUGUGUAAGUCUCAGAGCAGCAUGUCAGCUCCGCAGUCGGAAAAUAAUAACGACAGCAUGGAUCUCGAUUCCGAAGGCUCUUUGAAUUCUCCCCCUACAACGGAUGUGGAUAUAGUUGCAUUUCAACGAGAGCUCAUCAACUUGCCAACCUUCGUGAUGGACACCCCUGCCACUGAUGUGUCGCCCAUUUUCUCGCGUUCUAGUUCAGUGCCCGAGAAUUUAGCCAGGUCGGGAGGUAAUGACCCUUCACCAACCGAACUAUCCUCCUGCAGCUCUGAGCAUUUGAACAAUCAAAAGCGCAAUGCAGAAGUGUUCCCAGAAACUUCCAAAGUCAAAGUGCCAAAUUCACCCUCCGUUAUCACCAUAACAACCACAGACUGGACUAACUGUCCAAAGGAACAGAACAUUGGAUUCCUUCCCGGGGAUUCCUCCACCGAUUCUAUUUGUGACUCCAAUGUGGCCAACAUCGAAGUGCAUUUUGAGGCCCCACCCUCGCCUAUGUCUAGUGCUAGUCAGAGCCCGCAGAUCUUUGAAUUUCCCUGCCCCUUUGAUAAGCCUAACAAUGGUCAGCAGGCCUCCGGUGUGAGUGACAAGCAGUCACAGCUGUGUAUCUCCUCCAGCGUGGGCACCACCAGUAACUUCCUCAUCCCCUCACCCACCACCUCAAUCGCCUCCUCAACCACAAACACCUCAGUCACCUCACCAUGGUCACCAACCACACACCACACCAACAAUGUAAAUAUCCAGGUGGCACAUCCAGAGAUUCCGAAGCCUCACCUUGGAGUUCUGAAGGUCAUUGAAACUUGGAUCAAGGUCUGUAGUAAUGACCUUGACUGCAGCAGCCUUAUCAUUCAUGAAAUGCGGGACUUCUUGAGGAAGAUAUCUGUGCUGGGUUUAGAAUACAAAGCUUGGUGUCAACAGAUUGGAUCAUGCCUACAUCUUGAGGAGAAGAGCACAACCAAGCAGAGAUCAGAGAAAGAAGAUGAUCCCCAGAAUAUCCACUCUCAGUACAAAAGGUUACAGAAGUUAGUGGUGGGAGGCGACCUGCCAUGUUCUAAGGAGGACGUGGCUACUCUGGCCAGCAUACAACUCCACAUCGAGGAAGCCUGGCCAGAGGAAAACCUGCCCAACUACACCAAGUCAGACCUAGCUCUCUUCAACAAAAAACUGCUGGAGCCCCAUAAAUAUCCGUCCAAAUCUCCCGACCCUCAGGAGAACCUUCGCAGACGUAAAGAGUUGAUCCGCAAUAACCGGGCCCUGAAGAUUACUCACAGUAGACGGAGGGGGCGGCUAGUACGUCAGCUGACCUGUGUCAGUGACCACGAGGAGAAUAGUCACAAUGAGGUCGACCUGUCCCAGUUUUUACCGCCCGAUUUCACAACGUCGAAGAAAAUUCGUUACAUUAUACAGGAGAAACAGAAGAAGUUGUGGCAUGCUCCGUAUUAUGAUAGCGAAAUCAAACUCAAACAACAGUAUACCAAGAUCUGCAGGAACCUGCCAGCAUUUGGGUGUAAGCUGUAUCAGGUCAAAGAGUUGCUCCGAGGAAAUGCCCAGAAAAAGAUUGCACGUCUGCUCGGUGUCAACAAUGAGAAGGUCAUACUUCUGGACAGCAAGACCAAGCUGCUGUUGAAAUCUCAGAGCAUUGCGGAGUUGGAGGUUUGGAACACUGGGUCAGGGAAAUUGCAUGAUGGGUUAGUGCUGGAAUUCCGAGGUUCCAAACCUUGGCACCUCACCAUGUCUACACAAGAGAACCUCAAAUCUGUCACUGCCAUUUUGUUUGAUGCCCUGGACAUGGAUGGGAGAUUUCUGAAUAAUGGAACGUUACGUCGAGAAAGCUUCGAUUUUGAUUUCCAUCGAAAGCCUCCAAUACUUAAACCAGCCACAGACAGAGGAACUAAGUACUCUCAGGAACUGCAGAACCUUCAAAAGAUGUUGCACUUCCCAGAGGAAGUGGCCCUGCUGUUGACAGAGACUGAGCACGCUCUGUUUACAUGUGUUCCCCCCGCCCAUUACAUCAGGCAGGUGACCACCGAUAUCUCUCGGGGAUCCCUCGUGUACCACAAAGUGUCCAGUGUGGAGGAUCUCAUACAGAGGUUCAAUGAGGUGAGUUCAUGGGUGACCCAGCUCCUUAUAACACAGCCCACACACGAAGAUCGGAAAGCCAUUCUCUCCUGUAUCGUAAGGCUGGCUUUCUACUGCUGGUGCAUUGGGAAUUUCAACACCACCAUGGAAAUUGUAGCUGGCUUAAAGUCAGACAAGUUAAAGCCUUUCUGGUUAUCCAUGGUAGAUGAGGAUCUGUCGACUUUUAACUGGUUGUGCAGUGCACUGAUGUCCAGAGAACUGACCGAUGAGUACCGAGAGGCGGUCAGUCGCUCCCUGGACAUCCCAGACUGUAAGGUGGUGCCGUUCUUUGGGGGGUUUCUGAGAGAUUUACGUUCCCUGUUUAUCAAUGUGCCCAGUAUCAUUGUACUGCCAUCGGAGGAAAACCAGUCAUUAGAGUUCAUAUCGGACUACAAUGGAGAAGAUCGAUUUAUGACCAGAAUAGGGGUGGGAGGACUGAUUAACAUGGACAAACUGAAACAGACCCACCACGUUCUGAAUGAUAUAGCUCUGUUCCAUUAUCACGCCAAACAGCAGAUUGACAACAUCAGCUGCAGAUCUGGCAGCAGUUUUGAUUUUGAGAAUGAUGGGGAUAGUGAUUAUGACCUUGACCUAGAUUCUUACCAGCCAAUUCGCCCAGUCUUCAGUGAACAUGAGGUGAUGAUUGUCACUCCAAAAAUGGCCACCCUGAGUCAGCACCACCUUCAGUGCAUGCAUCACGGUAGUACAAUGGUGCAUGUGGACAAUGACAGCAGUCGAUCCUGUAUGUGUUACCUGAGGCUGGAGAUUGACAACGCUACCCUCUCCUGGCACCGCCCGGGGUGGAGCUCUCUGGUAGGGAACACAUGGUCUUACCCAGAUUAUGGUCAGAGAGGCGAGUCGGAGUCGGCAUCUUCCCAAGUUCUCUGUUCUAGGUAUUCAAAUGGGCAAGAUGUGGAUGACAUGUUAGAGGAUGGGUACAUUGACCUCCGUCUGGUGAAGGCCGUGAAUUCAGGGGUAGAGGAGUCCAUAGACAUUGCUGCCCUGUCCAAAAGGUACUGCAUGGACAACCUGACUGCCCGCCAUAAUGUCAUCUCCCUCCUGUAUGGGGUGGGGCACUCGGAGAACAGGAAGCUGUAUUUUGUGGCCCCCUACAACAUGGCAAAGAUUUGGUUGAGGGGACUGAGGAAGAUUAUCAACGCGUUUCAGAAGAUGAGGUGGCAGACAGACAAGAGAAUUCAGCAUUUGAAGUUCCAGUAUCUUCAGCUGUUUUACGAGGGUGAGAAGUGCCAAGGACCCACUCCAGCAGAGGCCAUUAAGAUAUUUGGAGGUAGACGAUGGCAGGGAGGCCCACAGUUAGUUGGCAACCAAGAAAUUCCAGUGUCCUUCAAAAGAACACCAAGCUUUUUUUCCACAGCCAAGCCGAAAAAGUCCACCAACAGCAUGACCUCCUACAAAGAGAGUCCAAAGUCAGCACCGACAGUAGUAAAUACACCCCAAAAACAGAAGGAGAAAUCCCUCCACAACCAGAAGAAUUCACCUAGUCCCUUAAGACAAGCCAAAUCCGACAUGAACCACUCAUCCAACAGUGCCAGUGAUCCGAACCUAAAUCAGAACUUUAAGCUCAGUCCCAACCUAGGAUUCCGACCUCGGAGUUCUACUUUCAGUUUCACCAACCGCUACAGGAUGAAACGGCGGAGAAUUUCCCUCGGAGUGGGUACAGGGGAUAACAAAAUGAGUUCCAUUACACAUUCCACUCAGCUAACAUUCCUGGACUUUGUAGAUUUGUUUAAAGCCUUUGGACUACGCUGUAGGAAGGAUUUAAAGGAUUUGUUUGAGCAGUUUGCCAUGACACCCAAACCAAAUGACAAGGACAUUCCAUUGAACAGAACACAGAGUUACAUUCCUCCCAGCAAUGACACAUGUAUAAUAACCAGAAACAGUGCGUAUGAUCUGACCAAGGACAACCAGCAGAGAAGAAAGAUCUGCGAUGCUCUCGCUGUAGCUAGCAUUGUAGCUAACUGUGCAGGAGUAGAGUCCAACCAAAAUCGAUGUCUGGGGCUCCGAGAAUUCCGGGAAUUCCUGGAGGAUUACCAGGAGGAACACCUGGAGGAUGAGGACAUUAUAGAGCUCAUCCAAAGACAUGAAGCAGAUGCCAACCUGAGGAAGAGCUGCUGCCUGUCGUUCGAGGGAUUCGCUCGGUUCCUUAUGGACAAGGAUAACUACGCCUACUUGUAUGAAAAAACCAAGCACAACGAUGAGGACAUGGACCACCCUCUUUCUCACUACUAUGUCGCCUCCUCCCACAACACGUACCUGACCGGACAUCAGCUGACCGGAGAAUCAUCAGUAGAACUCUACAGUCAGGUGCUGUUGAUGGGGUGUCGAUGUGUAGAGUUGGAUUGCUGGGACGGAGAUGAUGGUGUGCCCAUUAUUUACCAUGGACACACUCUCACCACCAAAAUAUCAUUCAAGGCAAUGGUAGAGGCCAUUAAUAGAAGUGCGUUUGUGACAUCACCUUAUCCGGUCAUUCUGUCCAUAGAAAACCACUGCUCCAUUCCACAGCAGCAGAAGAUGGCCCAGAUUUUUACAUCUGUCUUUGGGGAUAAAUUGGUGACCUCUCUUCUGUUUGAGACGGAUUUUUGUGAAGAUCCACAGCUUCCAUCACCAUGCCAACUAAGAAACAAAAUUUUAGUCAAGAAUAAAAAGAUUCGAGACUUUGACACAUAUCCGUUGAAAAAGGUGCCAUCUUGUCCCAGAACCAACAGUAUGGCAUCAACUGAUACCUCUAUGUCAAUCAAUGACUUUGAUGAUGACGAUGAUGAAGAUGAUGAUGAUGAUGAUACAUGUAUAACAGAUGUGAAGGACCCUGAGAUGAGACAGUCAGUGGAUAGUCAGGACAGCCAGGUGGUGGAUCCAGAGGAGCGGGGAAGGAGCUCAACUCCCUCUACACGACCCCGGGCAGAUUCUUUUGUGGAACAACAAAGUGGUUCCUUCAGUGGGGAGAAGGGCAGACCCAAGAGUCACCCUGACUUUGACUGGCAGUUUGACCUUGAUCUUCAACCCCAGGAGAAGCAACUCAGGAACAACAAGCACCAGAAGAAAACCAGCCAAAUUGCUAAGGAGCUCUCAGAUCUUGUGAUCUAUCUACAAGCUGUAAAGUUCAGAGGUCUGAAUGUCAGUCCUAAUACUUCAGUGAAGAAGAAAAGUGGUGCAAGACGAGCUCUCCUCGGCAAUAACCCAGGAACGCCACCUCUAAAUACAGACAAAGGAGAGCUGAGUAUUCCAACAGGGAUGAUGAGACAGAGACGACCAGACAGUACGCCUGUGUGUUACUUAGUGUCUUCACUCAAUGAGAGCAAGGCCAAACAGCUGUGCCGUCGAAACCCUAUAGGCGUCAUCAAUCAUACAGAGAAGCAGAUCAUGAGGACAUAUCCAUCGGGAAUGAGAAUCGACUCCUCGAACUUUAACCCGGUCAUCUUUUGGGCCUUUGGACUUCAGAUGGUUGCCCUGAAUUAUCAGACAGAAGAUACAGCUAUGGCCCUGAACACGUCCAUGUUUGAGCAGAACGGGCAGAGUGGCUAUGUCUUGAAGCCGGCAGUGAUGUGGGACAAAAGUCACAUGAUGUACAACCACUUUAACCCCAUGGACAAGGAGUUUGAUGGACUCCACGCCACGGUCCUUACGUUACAGAUAAUCUCUGGUCAGUACGUCAGCACUAACCACACCGCUAGCACGUACAUAGAGGUGGAGGUCAUCGGAAUACCGGUGGACUGUGUCAAACACAAAACCAAGGUCGUGUCCAGAAACGCCCUCAACCCCAUCUGGAAUGAUCUCUUCUCGUUUCAGGUAAUGUUUCUUGAUUUGGCCUUCAUUCGUUUCGUUGUGGUGGAUGCCAACACCAGCCAUGUCAUCUCUCAGAGAAUCAUUCCCCUCAAGUGCCUCAGAGCAGGAUAUCGCCAUGUUCGCUUGCGAAGUCCCAACAACCAGCCCUUGGAGUUGUCCACUCUGUUCAUCUAUUCCAAACACGAGGAAGAGCUGUUAGUUUCUUGCGAUAUGUCAGAGGUCAAUGGAUUCCAUAACACCUCAUCUUCCAAGAGCAUAAAAUCCAAAGUCAAGGAAACUUCUGAUGCUUCCAAAGAGCCUGGGAUUACUCCACUGGGAACCAAAGUGAAGAGGAGAAUGUUCUUUGUGAGUGUGUUCGGAGUUAACUCCCCUGAUGAGUACAUCAUUCUGAAAGUCACACAAGAUACAUCAGUUUAUGAGGCCAUUAACCAGGCUUUAGCUAAGGCAGGCAGGGCCGAGGACAAAGUAUCUGACCACGUGUUGGUGGAGGAUGUCCAGAUUGGCUGGGAGAAGAAGGACCAGGACAGACAGAGUGUCCAGAGGAUACUGGAUAUGUCAGAGAAAGUUCUACAGGCCCAAAACAAAUGGAGGGGUGCUGGAAAAUUCCUCCUUAGGAAACUCAGUGAUGAUCCUAGCAGCAGAGCGUGGAUGACGACAAUGUUAUCACGAGAACAGCAGAGGAAGCAGGAAUCAGAGAACAACACGGGAGAUUGGGAGAGUGUGGAGCAGGUAUUCCUGGUGUGUGUCUAUAACGUGGCACCUGACCAGCCCUACACCAUCUUCAAGGCCCCCACCUCCAGCACUGCACAGGAUAUCAUUACCCAGGCAAUGAUGAAAGCUCACCGAUCAGAUUUAGAUGAUCUGAGAAACUUUGUGCUGGUAGAGGAGUUAGAGGUAUCAAAUGUGGACUCCCAACUUGGAAGGCGCCACAGCUCAGAAAGUGUAGAAAGGCGGAUUCUCACGGACGACGAGAACGUGUAUCUGGCACAGAGCGAGUGGAAGACGAACGGAAAGUUCGUCAUCAUGGAUCGCCAUCAGGCCGAGAUGGAAGAAAACCCAUGCGAGAAGAAAAGAAAGGGAUUCAUUAACAAAGGUCCAAAGUCAAAGUCCUUGACAUCAGAUCACCCACGGACGCACACUCGAGCCUUGUCAUGGCAGGAAAGUAACCGCAGUCCAAGUGAACCCUCCAGCCCAAGUCUUUCCUCCUCCAGACUCAAGAAGUUUUCCUCCAAGAUCACCAACAAGCUCACCAAGUGAUCGGGAUCAUGCGAUGGACCGGCUUGAAUCUUAGAAAGGGGUAGAGUUCUGUAAAAGUGAAUGCAGAUAUGGGAAGGACUUGUCAACAAACUGGAAUAUUGACAGCUAGUUAGAGAGAACCAGUUGUUGACCGGAAUGUUGACAGCUUGUUAGAGAGAACCAGUUAAAGUGGAGGACCAGUUAAAAUGUUUGCGUUGUUGACCGGAAUGUUGACAGCUUGUUAGAGAGAACCAGUUAAAGUGGAGGACCAGUUAAAAUGUUUGAGUUGUUGAAAGCUCUGUUCUACAUGUUGAUUCAUGUAGAAUGGACAUUACUCAACACCACAAUUUAUGGAACUAGAGUUGGGUGGAACUUGAUCAAGAUUGACAGAAGUUGUUUCAAACACCAGAUGCUCUUUUUUAAAAGGUGUAUAGUUGCAUUUUGUUCCAUUAAUGGGGAUAUGAUUUUAAUUCCCAAUUCAAUCAUUCCUUUUAAAUUGUUAUUGUCGGGAUUUUACUAGAUGAUACUUGUAAAGAAAAAGUCCAUUGAGCUUUCUGUGGUUACUAUGUACAUGAAUUUAAGAAAUUUUCAAGAGGCUUAGUGUAACAGCUUCUGAACUGUGCAUGAAUUAAUUUAUUGGGAAAUUUAUGAAUGUUGAAAAAGAAAAUGUGUAAUGACUGAGGAAAAUAGCUGUCUGUGCAGUAUGUCUAUAUCACUUGUCCAGUUUGUCUACUGACCACGAUUAUUUCAUUUGUGGCCAGUUUUCUUCUGGUGCUUUACAUCAUCUUCAUUUUAAAAUGAAUAAAUCAAAAGUAAUAUACUAAUUAACAAUUAUUAGACUUUCAUUGCACUCACAACUACGUUCUUCAGUUCAAAUCGGCUCAGGGGAUGAUUUUAAUGAAAGUGCAUCGUGAAAACAUUAAUUAUCAUUUCUCCAGUCCAGUUAUAACAGUGUAUUUUUAUGUGAAUGGGUAUUUAUAACAGAAGAUCAUAAUUUUACAAUAGAUAUUGAUAAAUAGUGCAAUUUUAUUGAUAAUAGUAGAAAUUGGAACCAUUAUACACUAUACAUACAAAGUUUUGUUUACAAGGGCUGCCUCUAACAUCAUAUUUACAUGCCAGUAUUAUCCUGCAGUGCAUAAAUAUCUUCAGACACAAUUUUUAACCAGUUUUUUGAUUUUUUUUAUAAAGACCGCUGAUUUUCCAUUGAUGUAUAAAAACAGAGAUAUAUUCUCCGUUUAACAUGCCAUACAGAGUUAUAGUAAAAGGAUCUUAUUCUUAAUGUAUUUUGUGAACCCUGAUAAAAUUUCCAAGAUCUUUUUCAUUCUGGAACAUAUUUUACAUAGAGGAGCCUGUGGAGCCAGUUUUGAUUGUUGUGAAUAGAAUCCUGGGUGUCCAUUUGGAGGAGGAUGAAAGAAUACCUAAUUUCCCUGGAUGUGUUGCUUAAACUGACUCUUUUAGGGUGUAUAUGAGAAUGGGUAUUUUGUACAUUCUAGAGAUGAAGCUAGAUUAAAGCCCUUUUGGCAGCCUAUUGUGAACAACCUAACGUUUUGUGAUACAUUUUGGUAAUUAAUACUGAAAUGUGCAUUUCAUUGACAAUUGUGUUUGAAAUUAUACCUGCAAUGUACAUGUUUAUGCUGAUUGUUUGAGUUGAAGCGUGCAGGGGUGUGGACAAAGAUGAGAAACAAUAUUUCACUUGUUAAUUCCUGCAAAAAAUGAAAAUCCUAGAAUUUUAUCCCCUAAAAUUUUUAUUUGUCAAGUGAUCCCAAAUAUUAUUUGUGAUGUGUUGUUUUGCAGAUUUGAAUGUCUGAUGAACAUGCAUUUGGUGGUGAUGACAAUUGCAUUUAUUUCAUCAGAGGGGAAGAGAUGAGCUGUUUUGUCAAUAUACUGAAUGACUUUGCUUUUCAGUGUGUCUUGGAUGGCAAAGUGAUUAGUUUUCAGUAAUAGCCACUUUUCAAUGUGUCUAUUGGAUGGCAGAGUGAUUAGUUUUCAGUAAUAGCCACUUCUCAGUAGAAGGAAUUUUCGUGAUUGUUAUCCUCCUUCCGCUUUGAGGUGGUACAAAUGAAAGUUGGUGAUAAUAAUUUUGUUAAUAUUUUUUAAUUUUUCACCUGACAUACAGAUGUGUCUUGUGAAUGAUUUUUCAUUUCAUCACAUUUGUUUUCGUUGUUGUCUAUGCUAUAUCUAUACCUUGUUGAAUAUAUGAUAUAAUAUAUAUACUGAUUAUUUGUUGAUUAGAUAACUUAUUUAUGACCAAAGUUAUUGGGCUUAAGCCUUUAUAUCGUGUUUUGUUCUGUGACGCUGACCAGCUAAAGUUAAAAUUUCUGUAGGAGUUGCAUAAUACGGUAUGUAGAAGUACAGAAAGACCAAUAUAUAAAUUAUGUUGACCAAAAACGGGAAAAAGCACCCCAAAAAAUGUUUUUAACACUUUUAUAUUAAUUGUAUUAUGGUCAUUAAAAUGCAAUAUUUAAUGGAAAUUUUUAUUACCAUAGUUAAUAGCAUAUGUGAUAUGCUUUACACUGAUUUCCAGAUUUUUUGUUAGGAAUAUAUUUAAAAAGUCGUUUAUUUGUUCCAACAAGGAGUUUGUCAAGUUGCCUUAAAUUGCAUGUUUGUCACCAUUAUCAUUUUGCUAAAACCAAUAUUAAACUGACAGGGUCAUUUAAUUAUUCAAAAAUACAUACUGUACAUUGGAUAUUGUCUUUCAUUUUGUCACUAACAGACGAUGCUAUUUUUGUGUGUUUGUAUAAUUUUGUACAAAAAGAAACGAGACACAAGUGUAGAAUUAUUUGUAUGUAUUGGAGAAAUAGUGUGUGUGAAACAUAUCAGGUCAAUAAACUCCGUGUCAUUCC